UUGUCACUGAUAUCGUCGGAAAGCCAAGAUUGCCCCCAAGACAAAAUUUGGGGAUUGAGAGACACAGCAGAAGAGAUCACUGCGUACGAAUACGAUUUGAUCUUCUCUUCCUCGAGGACCUUCAUUCCAAUCUGCAGGCAAGAUUAUCUCUCAUGGCUUUUCUUGUGACAUCUCUUAUAUUCGCUGUCGUCGGCAUCAUUGCUUCAAUCUGCACUAGAAUCUGUUUCAACAAAGGUCCCUCCACCAAUCUGCUACAUCUUACUUUGGUCAUCACUGCCACUGUCUGCUGUUGGAUGAUGUGGGCAAUUGUUUACAUUGCGCAGAUGAACCCUCUUAUUGUCCCUAUCCUAAGCGAGGUAGAGUAGAAAACAAUCUACUCAAACAAGGAACCUGUGUUCACAAACUAGGGAGCCAAUGCACAAAUUUGAGUUAGAGCCCUGCUGCUCUUUCUGUAUCUUCUUCAAACAUAUUUUUUUCCCCCCUUUGUAAUUCUUAUCGCAGUAUGGAGCAACAAAACUUUUCCUUUACUGUUAAAUCUUUCGUCUCUCAUUCCAAUUCUUGAACAGUCUUCAUAUACUCAAAAGACUUCAUUUAUUGUUGAUGAAAUAAAUAUUCGGAAAAAUAUUUGCUAUUUCCUAUCUU